GUCGGUUCAUUUAUCACUAGUAAGUCCUUAUCAAAUUCGCCAAAUACCACGUCGUUGAAUUCUUCACUUAGCAACAAUCGCAUUAGAACUCAUAAAUAUCCAGCAUUAAUAUUAACGGAAGAAGAAAAGCGAUUAUGUAAGAAGGAAAACAUCACUCUUCCUGAAAAUUAUCCAUUAACCAAAGCUGAGGAAAGAGAAUUGAAGCGAAUCAGACGAAAAAUUCGAAAUAAGCGCUCUGCACAAACAAGUCGUAAGAGGAAACAGGAUUAUAUUGAAGCGUUAGAAGACCGAGUCGAAGAUUGUAGUCAAGAGAAUAUUGCCUUAAGAAAACAGGUUGAGCAGUUGUCGAAAUUGAAUCAAACAUAUUUACUGCAGCUUCGGAAAUUGCAAGUAAUUAUUGCAAAUAAUGCAAAGCGAAGUUCAAAUUCGGGCACUUGCUUAGCUGUUCUUUUGCUGUCUCUUUGUCUUGUUGUUGCACCUCAUUUAUCGCCUCUGUCACAGGUUCACAACAAUGACUCGGAAGAACAAUCUAAUGAACCACAACAGCAAAAUCAAGAAACAAGAAAGACUCAUCUACCAGGUUUUUCCUUUAUUCUUGUGUAUGGAAAAAAACAGUCGGUAAUGGAUUAUUUUUCCACAGAUAAUUAUAUCAAUUCAAACAAAAAUAUGAAUAUUUUUAAUUCAUUACGUGAUAAAGUUCAUUCUAAAUCGUGCUCUUUGGGGUCACAGAAUUCAUUGAAUUUAAUGAAACUGCGAAAAGUAAAUAAUUCACAAUUUUAUAAUGAUUAUCUGCCGUUGGACGAUGACUAUUUGGAAUCAAACACUGGUAUGGAUAUUAAUUAUGUUAUAGCGCCUGAGCAUAAAGUUAAUAAGACCAAUUAUAUGUAUACGCACAUUACUAAUAUAAAUGGGAAUAAUCAUAAAAGAAUGCGGAUCGAACAGAAAUAA